CACAUGUUCGUGCGAUGGCGCAGUGUUUGAGCGCGCGAAGAGUGGUCAUGUAGAACAGUAGAGAUUGUCCGCAACUUCCAUGUGACACUUCUGUAAAUCGUGUAAAUCUCGUUGAAAAGUGUCGUCAUGUCACUCCCUGGGGAUGGUAAUGAGUUCAACAUAAUUGACGACAACUUUUGGGACGAAUUCGACGAUGACUGCGCAACAUUUUGCGAAACGAAUGGAGCCAGCAGCGCUACAAACAGAAGCCCCGCUCUUGCAAAACUCGAAACGCAUGCAAAACGUAAAGCAACUGCCGAUGAUUGUGAGAAGAACACUACAAAGCCCGAAAAGACAACCGACGAUAACUUGUUUGUUGCCACGGGCCUGUGCGCUGAGGACCUUCAGAACUGCUUCGACGAUGAUUUUGAUGAGUGUGCCAACGAAAGCGAGCCUAAAAAAGAGGAAGGAAAUCGACGCUUACCAUCCGACCCUGGCCCGAACGUACUACCGGAGAUUCCAUCGGAUAUGUUUGACGAUGAUUCGGUUGGUUGGCUCGCAGAAGAGCCUGAGAUUGUGCCAAGAAAGCGAAAGUUCCCAGGCCCUGCUGGUAUACUUCCCAAGUCCCGCUCUUCACUGUCGUUUCCUGGUUCUGGAAUGACUACCGGCGAAGUAAGCUCCGGCAAGCAAGAACCACAAGAUGAUUUGCUUUGCACUCCCUGGAGUGCUGAAGCAGAUAAUCCACUCUCUCCUUGGCAACGUUUAAGACAGGAUCUGGGAAUGGAAGAUAUGAAAGAUAGUAAGCUCAAUGAGUACUCCAUCGCCUGGGUCCUCAAGAUGAAACGGCUACAGCAGCUUCCUCGUGGUAAAGUGCCUGUUCUUUGCGCCUCUAUCAAGAAUGUUGCAAAGGACAUUCUCACACUUCGUGAUGGGACAGGUGAGAUUCUUGCAACUAUCGACAAGAGCUGUCAAGAUUACAAGUACUGCCUGAAAGCAGGUGCAGCCUUUAUUCUUAUGAAGGCAAGUGUCUACGUCAACGACCACAGCCAGCACUGCCUUGUUCUCACAAAGCAAAAUAUUGCCCACAUCUACCACAGCUGUGACGACAGUGGCCCCGAUAUCAACAGGGUCGAUGUCAAUCCCAUGACACUGCAAGAGUUGGAAGGCAUGUGUGCUCAACUGGAGCGCGAAGCUCUCGAAGACGCUGCAAAACGUCAGACUCAAGGGUCAGAGCCCCGGAACUCUAGUCUGAGCUCUUGCAGUUCUCCAUACUUAGAAUCUCGUGCCAGGAAUUUUGUACCGGUACCUCAUGGAUCCACGAAUGGGAGAGCACAAGGGAAUCAGGGCAGGGGAAGUGCAAGUCCGAGUCUUUUUUCUAACAAGGGUGGUGCCCAAUUGCGAACUAGGGAUAGUAAAGCAGGUUCAGGGCAAACACGAGUAGAAGCAACUUGCGCAGCUCGCGCAUCACACGGCCCCAUGACAAGUGCAAGACCUAAGGUAGUUCAGGGAGCAGGAACAAAGAGGCCCAGUGGAUGGCUAAAGGAUAAUGUAAUUGACCCCGAUCGUCCGUUGACUUCCCCGUGCCCCCCAAGAGUUCCAGCAUACAAGCCACCAGUACAGCCCUCAACAGCAGGUUCUAGUCCCAAGCCGUCUUGUGCAGUGUCACCUGUCAUCAGCUUGCUUAAAUCAGCUGCUGCAAACAAGCCACAAAUUGCAGCACAGUUUUGUGUUUUGAACAGUGCGACUCCUCCCAGGUGUCUGGUGAAUGGCACUACUUCAGCGAAUCCUGUAGCUGGUUCUAGUUCCUCAAAUUUGCUGGUCCCAAGUGAUAAUGACACAAGUGUGGAAGAACUUCAGUGGUUGGAAGAUGAUGCUGAUGACAUCUUUCAGACCAUCGAUGAUGUGUGCCUUGUUUAAGCAAGAAAAUGAGCCUUGCUUCAGAGAAUUGUAUAUAAGAGUACCAUUCAUAAUUUAGAAGAAUUCGAUGCCAUUGAUGCCAAUCCUGUUUGAUCAUUUUUACCACCUGGAAGUUACAUGUGGGCCAGCACAGUUCUGCAACUUUCUUCGUGGAAGGAAAAGGAGAAAAGCAUUCCUGGCCAAAGCAGCCAAAACUACGUUGAGAGCAGCCCUACAGCACAGAGCAAGAGGGGUGACGAACAAUAGUCCUUGCUGGGUGCCAGUCGUGGUAUUGUGUGUGCCCCGCCAAUCCUCUCCGAUGUCAACAAUACUCACUUAACUAGUGGAAUGUCAUGUGGGGCCUCGGUCUAUGUCAUACGAGUGGCGAUGCCGCGAGGUGCUGCCAACUCAGAUGAGCACUCACGCUUACUUUAAAACCGAAUUUAAAUAUAUUAAAGCUAACGUCCAGCACUAAUAAUCGACCAGAAGUGCCCCCCUAUACAGGACAACCAAACAACAAAAACAUCCUGAGGUUUCAUUUUUGGUGUCAGGGGUCCUUUAAAGCUCAUGGAUCAAAUAAUCCAUAAAGACGUUUUUUCUUGGCACAUCAAGAUGCAUGUAAAUUGUGCCAACAAACUCUCUUCACCCAAUAGAUGUAUUGGCAGACACUCUGUCGUGACACUGUGCUGCUGUUUAUUAAGUAAUGAAAACCUGGGAAAAAAUGUGUGCAGAUGAUGCAGUCCUUCGUGAGGAAUGUGGCACAUGUUUUCUAAGCCAUUGGUGGUAUAAAUGUGACGUCAUGGCUGGUUGUCCUGCUGCAGUGAUCUCUGAUGAUGCUGACCUUGUCAUUUAUUAUUGAAGUAGUCUGCACGUCAUCUCUCUGUGACGACAAACAAUAAAUAUAAAUCCUUUGUUGCCAUGGUCCAUUCUGACUUCGCUGUGACAACAAUUAAGAAAAAAAAAUGCGAAGAAAGAAACAAAGGUUUGUGAGCUUAGAAACUUCGACAGCUGUGGGUGAAAAAUAUCAGUUUACUGUUUUAUUUUUUAAUUUAUCUAUUUAUUCAAAAGUGCCUUACAUUGAGUGAGUGGAGUUAUACAUAACUUACUGUAUCUAGCAAAACAUAUGUGAUUUACAAUAGGAAAUAAACGCUAGUACAACACUGGCACAGGCAUAUACCACUGGCAAAUAUCAAACACCUACAAAGAAAGCAUCAAUCAUAAUAACCACACCUAAUGCAUAUUUCAAGUACAUGAUUUCAUGCGCAUGAAGUAAAUGAAGAAAACAAAUAUAGAAUACAAUAUAGAGACAAGAAAGAAAAAGGUGGCGUGUACAGUGGUAUUGGAAAUUACCGUUUGAUCUAACAUGCACAAUGCUCUUGACAACGAGAAUACUUAUUACUAAGAUAGUAAAAUAAGCGAAAGUAAGAGAAGGCUGCCAUUUUAUUGCGUGCUUAAAGUUAUCAGAAUGCAUGCGCCUUUGUGAUAAUACAACCUUAUUACAGCUCUUAUUUUGAAAACCACUGGUAUUUCCUAGAGUUUUUUGAAAUUCCGCAAGGAAAAGGACACUGCAAUGGUGUUGUAUGCAUGGGAAUGUUGGGAUUUUGUGGCUUCUGAUUAGUAUCGUUUUGCAAAAGCCAGAACUCAUUGAAGACACACUUGGCUGGUAGCUUUUUGCCUGUGACAGUAGCUAAUUUUGUACUAAAACAGUAUCUAAAGAGUUUUUCUUUAAUGCUAUGUAAAAACAUGUUGCUUUUUAAUUAUAACAACCUAGAUGUACAAUUCUGUGAAAACUAUGAUUAUCAACAGGCCACUAAGUUGGAGGACAGACAGCGGUGUCUUUGAUUGCUUUGCAACGGUAUCUGUUACUUUUUUUCGCAGCUUUAUUAUGGACUGCAGGUCAACAAACUUUAUUGAAAAGAGUAAAACAAGUGAAUUAGCACCUUUUAUAAAGGUUUUAGUUUAGGAACCUUUAUCUGUGCAACAAUAUUCCCAUUUUAGGCUAAGCCUCACCCAGCACAAACCUCAUACACCCACAUAUUGGUGUUUUCAUGAUAGCACAGCGCCAAUUAGAAAGCUCGCAUAGGCGGUGUUGCUGAAUAUGUUUCUGAGUAAUAUUGUAGGAAACUCUAAGCAGUAACUGUGGGAGCUUUCAAACAUUUUAGCAUGUGUGCACUAAUGUAAAUAAAUCAUCACACCUCUAUUCACAGCAUUCCCUGUACAAUAAUGCAUUCCUACAGUUAGGCACAACGGUUACUGUCGGCACUAGAGAGACAAGACGUGGAAGACAAUGGGUCAGCGCUGGCGCUAAUUUGCCAUAAGACCUGUUUCGAAUGAAAGCCAUUUCUAGACACCUGUGAAGUAUAGGAAACUAGGUGCGAGAUGUUCAGCCUCUUUUAAUGACCCCUCCGUGUCAAUUCCACAUAGUGUGACACACUUGUGUGACGACGAGUCUUUUUUCAGGUGCCUGCUCCUGCCAGUAAUGGAAAACAGCGCUGCCUAAAUCAUCUGGGAGUGUUUGUGCAUCAAAGCACACCUGUCUUUGGAUUUAAAGCUUUGGAGUUAAAUAGUGAACAGUUUUUGUGGAGGUUAGUUAAAUGCCUUCCAUGAUGGUAGGCAUGAAGCUUUAAAUAUAAAUAUUCAUUGUAAGCUCAUCGUAAUUUUGUUGAUAAGAAGACCUUUCUUUGGCUGUCUGGUCAUUGCAUUGUUUUGCAAAAGUUGUGUCGUAUAAACAAACACCAUAGUGGAGUGGCCGUGUGACAUGUUGAUUUUUGUUUUGUUCAUUAAAGCAAAAAAAGAAA